UGUUUAGAUAAUUUCCGAAAGUUUUCCUCUCCGGAAAAUCCACCGUAAAGAAAACCUUUUUCUUUACUGUUUGCCGACGAUUCUGAUCACGUAGUGACGCCGAAAUGUUUUAAGUUGUAAGUGGUGUUGCGAGACGGGUCAAAACAAAGCCAUAAAAGUGCUCCGCAGUUCGGACCGACGAAGGGAAAAAGUGCUCGAAGCGCUAGUGCGUAUGUGAUUUUUCUGUGUCCCUCCGUUUUGGUCACUGUGUGCCGAGGAAAAGUAUGGAGUUGCUGGGUUGAAAUUUGGUGACAAAGCAAGGUUUGACUAGCUAGUGGCAACGAAAAUCAUCGUUUGAUCACAAUCGCCGAUUACAGCAGGAGCGCAAUAUUGUAUCGAACCAACAAAACACAGGACAUCUAUGGUCCUUUGCUUGGUUGUCGAAGAAUUGUACCAUCAAAAGCUGUCCGGAAAAGAUAAUUCCACCGCCUUUACAAGAAGACGCCCACAUCUAAAACUCCAGUCCUAUCAAAACGCACGUUGAUAAAGAAAAAGUGCUUGGUGUAACAUCUUCCCGUGCCGUCACGUGCAAUCUCCGGUGUGAAACUUGUGACCGACCUACGGGUGUUGUGUGUCUGUGUGUGUGUGCGCGUCAAGCGUAUCAUUGGCGCGUGAAAAUAUUGUGCAUUUUCUUCUGCGAGCGCCGUUGAAGAUUCACUGUUUUAUUCCUCGUUCAACAUCCCCCCAAAAAACCAACGAUCCUUUACGACACAAUGCACGGACACUUGCCACAACAGCAUCCGGGGAUGCAUCCGGCCAGUCACCAUCAGCCACCUCCGCAUUUGACGCAUCUAGCCAACCUACCGCCCCACAGCAUCCCGCGCGAGCAUCAUGCAAGCCGACUGAAUACCGCCCGGCAUCAUCAUCCGCGCGGCGUAGACCAUCAGACGGCCGGCGGCAUGGCACCGCACCUUCCGAUGCAAGUGCCACCACCGCCCCAUCAAUCACAGAACCCUAGGAAGCCGCCGGGUCCAACAUAUUACGCGAACGGGGGCAUCCACGGUGGGGGGCUACCCAAACCGCUGCCCAUGACGGCGGCCCACAUGCAUCCGCCACCUCCGCCUCCACCCGGCAUGAGCGUUGGCCAGCCGCAGCCACAUCCGUCUGGCCCGAUGCCCCUGCAGUCGGUGGUUGGUGGAAAGCUACCGUAUGGGAUGGGUGGUAUGGGACCGCACGGAGGAGGGAAGCCAAUGCAGCAGCAGCAGCAGCAGCAACAGCAACCACCACAUCAACCGCCGGUUUCCGUGCAUCAUUCGGUUGCGAUGGCCCCACCUGUACAAGCACCAAUACCCGUGGUGUCUGCGGCGACCCCGGCUGGCACGAAGACACGCCACAUACCUUCGAGUACGGACCAUAAAAUCCACCAUCACUCGAGUCAACACUCGAUGCAGUCGAAUGGAGGAGGCGGAAGUAGUGGCCCAGGUUCAAAGGGUACCAUGAUGCACCAUCAGCCGAUGGAUAAGCCCAAAGUGGGAAGCAAUAGACACCAGCAACAGCAGGCACACCCGAGUAGCCAGCAGAUGUUAAAGGCAACGGAUUCUGCACACCCGGCGAAGGAUGUGACAACGGCAGCCCCAGUUCCGUCGACUCCUUCGGUAGAGGUUGGUGCUACAGCAUCAGCUGCGACCACUACAAGUGUAUCAACGAACGGUGCGACGACGACACCUACGACACCACAGGGAGUGGAUGGCACGGCGGCGUCGGCCACACAUCCAACCACACUUUCAUCAUCCAACUCUCUAGAAACCUUGGCAAACAUUAAAGAGAAAACGACAAUGUGUUUAGUUAACGAGCUGGCGCGUUACAACAAGAUCCAACACCAGUACCGGCUGACGGGCGAGUCCGGGCCGGCGCAUAAGAAGCGCUUCACCGUCACACUGAAGCUCGGCGACGAGGAGUACACGGCCGAGGGGGCGAGCAUCAAGAAGGCGCAGCACAAGGCGGCCGGUGAUGCGAUCGCCGAGACGAAGUACAAGCAUCCGCCGGCUCGGACUAAACCACGCGCGAAGACGGGGCCGCGGGGCAACGUGAGCAGCUUCACGCCGACGGUUGAGCUGAACGCACUGGCCAUGAAGCGCGGCGAACCGACCGUGUACCAGGUGAAGGCGGUACCGUUGCCGAUGCCGAAGUAUCCUUCCGCCAAUCCCGGCGGAAUGCCGGGGACGGGUGUGGUGGCGGGAGGGCCAGGACGCCGUCCCGAUAAACUACCACCACAGGCCGCGCAGGGGUUAGGCGUGGGCUAUGGUGGUAGACACGUUCACCCGAACGGUGGUGGCGAUUGGGGCCGUGGAGCUCCUGGAGGUAUGGUCGGAGUUGUUGCUGGUGUUGGCGGACGCGGAGGUAUGGGUGGAUUUCAUCCGGGACAUCAGCAGCAACAGCAUCCGCCGCAUCAUCCGCGCACUGCUGGUGGAUCAGAUGAACAACAUCACGGACUCUACCUUGUCCGCCUUCACCCAAAUCAGCUGCAUCAUCAUGCGCACCAUCAUCAUGAAGGUCCGGCCGGCGGUCAUCCGCCGGGCGGCGGCAGCAGUGUUAUGCCGGCGCAGGAGUUCUACAUGGCAACGCUGCGCGUUGGUGAGCGUACGUUCCUCGGGGAAGGACAUUCACCGCAAGCGGCCAGACACGAUGCAGCAGCCCGAGCGUUGGAGGUACUAAAGCCGCUGACGGCCGAGGCAGCGGCCAACGAUGGCAAAGGCAAAGCGACGAUCGCCGGUGGUGGUGACGGUGAGGCGAAUGGGGACGAUGCAGGAAGCGAUGGUGACCCGAACGCGGAACUAAAGUCACCAAUAUCGCUCGUACACGAGAUGGCCGUGCAGCGCAACGUGCCGGUCGUGUUUGAGGUGAUCAGCGAAAAAGGCCCGCCACACAUGACCGUGUUCGUAACGCAGUGCAAGGUCGGCACGAUCGUUACCGAGGGCGAAGGGACGGGCAAGAAGCCGUCGAAGAAGCGCGCCGCCGAAAAGAUGCUCGAGGAACUGCGCAAGCUGCAGAAGGCCGAACAGCAGCACUCUAGUGCGGGUUGGGGCGGAGGGGAUGGCGCCUGUGAGAAACGAAAGACCCACUCCAAGUCGUCGGCUGCGGCUGCGGCGGCGGCUAACGCAUCCCAGUUAGAAGCGGGCGUCGUCACGGCCAAAAAGAAGGCACGCAAUCUGAUCAAGGAGAAGUCGGUGACCGGUGGCGAUGUGGCGGGAGAAAAAGAAAACCCCAUCUCGCGGCUAAUGCAGAUCCAGCAGGCGCGCAAGGAGAAGCAACCGGUAUACGUGGUGGUCGAGAACGAGCGGCCAAACGUCGGGCGGCGCCGUCAGUUCACGAUCGAGGUCUAUGCCGCCGGCAAGAAAGCCACCGGGGUCGGGAUGACGAAAAAGGCAGCCAAAUGGAAUGCGGCGGAAGCGUUGCUGGUGGAUCUUGGAUACGCCACCGCGACGACGACGAUGCCAACGGCCACAAAAUCGCCGGCCGCCGCGAAUGGAACGGCAAACAAAGAAAACCAAUCCGGAGCGGCUAACGAGGCACCGACGGUGGCGAUGGCAAGCGGCGGUCGGAAGGUAACGUUCACCGAAGGGUCAGAAAAUGUUGCGUUAAAAACAACAACCAACGGAACGGAUUCACGGUCACCUUUAGGUGGUGCAAAUCAAGCCGCACCACAUCACGCGAAAAGUGAUACAUCCAGGGACGCGAUGAAUGACAGCACGGCAUCGAACGAUAGCAUGGCCACCAACAGCUCCGGCGUCUCCAGUGCCUCCUCGGUCCCAGCAUUAACCACCGUAUCAUCAUCUCCAAGUGCCCCGUCGAAUCCGGACAUAGGCCGCAAGAAGGAGCAACUGCUGUACUUGGCCCAACUGUUGAAAUUCGAGGUACAAUUUUCCGACUUUCCAAAGGGCAACCACGGCGAAUACCUUACGCUGGUGAUCCUUUCCACCGAACCACCGCAACUGUGCCACGGCAGCGGCGCCAGCCUAAAAGAGUCCCACGAUGAGGCGGCACGUGGCGCCUUGGAAAUACUGUCCAAAAUUGGGCUGGACAACGUGAAACCCAAGGCGGCGACACCGAGCAGCAACACCGCAACGGACACGACGGAUGUGGCGGGUGGUAAAUAGAGCACAAAAGUAUUACCAGCUGUGUGUGUGUGUAACAAGACUUUUGGUGGUGAAGGGCCAUCAAGAGCAGGGGGCGCGUAUGUGUUUGUGUGUGCGUGUGAGUUAAAACGUUCUUUAUGUUAACUAAAUGCAUUGAUGCAACCGGAUUGCAACUGUAACAAACAAAAGCGAAAGUUAAAAGAAAGCCAGGUGGAAGGUUGAGAAAAGCGUGACCCCCGGAAGCAUUAGACAAUUUAGAGAGAACAAACAAAAACGAUAGGAGGACAGCAGCGCCUAAAUAACAACAAACUUUUCCGGCAAACUAGGUCGACCGGCGGCAAUCUACUGUAAAAAAGAAAAAAAAAAUACCGUAAUCGGUGUGAAAACACGCGCCAACGAGAGCUUCUACAACUCUCACCCAACAGGGCCAGGGAUAUCAAUUUUCCCACGGCCCCACAUUUGUUACGUUUUGUUUGAGUUUCCAUCGGAACAUUUGCCUACUUUGAUGUGUAUGCCAACCACAAAGCGCGUUCGUACUGGACGAACGGACGCGAUGACACGAUUGUACCACCAAUACGAUACAGAGUGCUGGAAGCUUGCCCUUUUAUCAAGUGCUAUGUAAUGUGACCGUUCGAAAGAAGGACAACGCGAUGGUCCAACUUCCCGGUGGUUAGAUAGAUGUGUGGACAUGUAUCUAUCAAAUGUGCUGAAGGGAGAAAAGAUAGAGCAACAGGGAAAAAAAGUGUUUUGGAAAGGAUUUAGAUUCCUCUACAACUGAUACAAAAACAAAAAAAGCUUUAAAGACAUUGUAGGAUAGGCAGGAUGCGUUAGAAUUCUACUCACGUUUCACAGGAUAAUUUGAAAAAGCUGCAGUACUAGCCGUAUGUGAGUGUUUGUGGUGCAUACUCGUGAUCGAAGUGUGCUCCGUCGUACCGAGCCGAAUAGCGGAACAGGAUGUGGCAUUAUGGCAGAGCAAGAAAAAGGUUAAAGAGAUCGUGCAACUCGCUACAGCACUGCGUCGUUCGAGCUGGCGACGGCAGAAUUGAUUACCAUUUACCUAAGUGAAGAGUUUCAUCAUACAGACAAACGGUCAAAAGCAACACUUUACGUUUGAUCCGAUUACCCGUGGAUAUCGAGCGAAGAAUCGAUUUAAAGAAGAGUGUUUGAAGGUUCUUGAAUCACGAGUAAAUUGCAAGCAUAUUAAAUAGCAGCUGUGCCAACACACACACACACGACCAUCGCUGAUGAGAGGAAAGCGUCUAUUAUUGUGGACCUCUGUGUGUUGGAUCUUAGUGUAAAAAUAUUUCGUCGUAGACCGGAGAUUCUUGAUCGCUGACUGGGGACAAUGCAGAGGAGUGAGUCAGCUGAUCAAUAGCAUCUACCCUACGCUGUCCGGGAGGCAACACUCCAUCGGGCAUCGGCGAGUAGUAUUUGUAGUCCAUGUAUUUCGUUUGAUAACCUUCAUCAAUCUACUUUUCAAUGUGCGGAAAAAGGCCGAGGAAUGCAGUAAAAUCCCGACUGGCCAGACUAGAGGUGUGUGGUCGGUUGGUUAAGUAAAAGCAAGGCGCAUCGAGAUUUUACUAUGUUCCAACGCUUACCGACGAGCGCGUUCGAGUUCAAUAUUAACUAUAUCGCUCCAGUAAAGAACGUCGUUUGGAAAGGAGUCGAUAUUGAGCGCAAACGUGUUAAGGAAUAUCAAUUACUUACAAUGCACAGUGUGUGGCACCACCUUGUUGGAGACUCGAGCCAUUUUUGCAAAUGUCGUUCAGAGAUUCGUGGGGUGGCAGCCGCCCAUGCAUUGAUAAAUUUAAGUGUGUUUCUGCUAGUGUUCAUGUACACGUAUAUAACUGUAAGAAAUAAUGUAUUUUUUCGCUAUUAAAACACGGGCCAGGAUUUAACAUCGUAUGGCAUAGAAUCAGUAGUUUAAACUCCAUCCCAUUCAACCAUACUCACACACACACAAUCUCAUGCAAUCAGGAAACAUUCCUAUUGCAUAAGGACAUAACAAUAGCCACGUCAGUGCAGCUUCAUGUUGCAUCCAUUCAAUAGCCUUCAACUGCUAAUCACCGUUUCACGAUCCGGCAAAACAAAACAAAAAAUACAUUCUUUCCCAGUACUAGUAGGAAGAACCGAAGGAUAAAGAAGUGUCACUGAAGAGAGAGAGAGCGGAAGGAAGGAACUGUUCGGAAACACAUUUUAUUUAAGUCCGUCGUCGAUGUAAAAGCUAGUAAGCGCACGUAUGGCUUCACUAGAACAUAAACGUAUUACACCCCCGGCAGCAUGAUGAGUUAUGGUAGUGGCCAACGGAGCGGAAAAAGCCUACGACGGAAAAAGCAAAAACUCCCAUUAGGCAUAUGGUAAUUAAUGGUGGUGCAACGGAAGAAAACUCCAGAUAGAUUUGAAAGCCGUUUUUGUGGAAGAAAAAGAUAAAUAAUUUAUUAUUGUUGCUCGUGAUAAAGAUAAAAUAAUGCAGGAAUUCGGUAAUGCAACAGUUGGUAGCGAUAGGAAACGGGGUUUAUCUCUCCCAUAGUAUGAUGGAACGUACCACCGAUGUAACUGCUUGUGUCGUGUCGUAUUUGAUUUGUAUAAUUUCUCCGGCAGUUUGUAAUUUUUUUGUUGGAAUUCACUUAUUUAUUUAUCGUCAUUCAACGUUUAUUUGAACGUCUCCUAUAGAUGCGGUUUUAAUAAUUCAUUUGCUUCACAUUACUUUCCCUAGGGAACUAACGAGGUAAACUAGCUAAACUUGAUAAGUGAAGUAAUGUUGCUCAGUACGAAUUUUUGCGAUGGAAUUUUCGAUUCCCAUCUAUCGGUAGGUGUAGCUGUUGUUGUGUAUAGGCUUUACAAGGAUUAGGUUUAAAAUGUUUUGAAAACUUGUUAAGUUUUUAAUCGUAUUGAUACUUCAACGCUGGAUCUAGCUGAACACGAUACUGCCAUCCUACUUGGACCGAGAUUGCAUCCGUUUUCUUACCACUGCCGUUGCAUUCCGAACCUGUUUUUCAACCCGUAGACCGCAGAAUACGCUGUGCGUCUUUUGGGGGAUGUUUACUUACUCUGAAGCAAAAGAAAAA